AUGGCGACGCCGUUUCCGCGCGUGCCGCCGGCCGUCGAGGGCCAGGAGCGGCAUGUGAACUCCUCGAAGGAUGUUAUUAUGAAGCUCAAUUCGGAGCAGCACCCCGAGAAGGUGCUCCCGCUCGACGGCGAGCAGAACGUGCUCGUGACGUCGGCGCUGCCCUAUGUGAACAAUGUCCCCCAUCUCGGCAACAUUAUCGGCUCGACGCUGUCUGCGGACGUAUUUGCGCGAUACGCGCGUACGCAGAACCGCAACACACUGUACAUCUGCGGUACGGACGAAUACGGUACCGCCACCGAGACCAAGGCGCUCGAGGACAAGGUGACGCCGCAGGAGCUCUGCGACAAGUACCACGCGCUCCACGCCGAGGUGUACCAGUGGUUCCAGAUCGGCUUUGACCACUUUGGCCGCACGACGACGCCCCAGCAGACGACGAUCGCGCAGGACAUUUUCCUCAAGCUGCAAAAGAACGGCUACUUGGAGGAGCGCAGCAUGACGCAGCUCUACUGCGAGCACUGCUCGCGCUUCCUUGCGGACCGCUACGUUGAGGGUACGUGCCCCAGGUGCGGCUACGACGACGCGCGUGGCGACCAGUGCGACAAGUGUGGCCAGCUGCUCGACGCGGUCGAGCUCCUGGACCCCAAGUGCAAGAUGUGCAAGAACAAGCCGGUGCAGCGCGAGUCGCGCCACAUGUUCCUGCGCAUCGAUACGCUGCAGCCCAAGACCGAGGCGUGGGCCGGUAAGCAAGCCAAGGACGGCAAGUGGUCGUCGAACGGCGCAUUCAUCACCGACUCGUGGUUUAAGGAGGGCCUCCGUCCCUUUUCGCUGACGCGCGACCUCAAGUGGGGCGUGCCCGUGCCAGUGGAAGGCAUGGAGGACAAGGUGCUCUACGUAUGGUUCGACGCGCCGAUCGGCUACCCCUCGAUCACUGCUAACUACACCGAGGACUGGGAGCGCUGGUGGAAGAACCCCGAGAAUGUGCAGCUGUACCAGUUCAUGGGCAAGGACAAUGUGCGCUUCCACACGGUCAUCUUCCCCUCGUGCCUGCUCGGCAGCGGGGACGACUGGACGCUGCUGCACCACAUCAACACGACCGAGUACCUGCAGUACGAGGGCGGCAAGUUCUCCAAGUCGCGCAACAUUGGUGUGUUUGGCGACAAGGCAAAGGAGACCAAGCUCUCGCCGAGCGUCUGGCGCUACUACCUGCUCGCGACGCGCCCCGAGUCGUCCGACAGCCAGUUCAUCUGGCACGACUUUGUCACGCGCAACAACUCGGAGCUGCUCAAGAACCUCGGCAACUUUGUGAACCGUAUCAUGACCUUUACGAAGAAGUACGACGGCCGCCUGCCCGAGAUCUCCGCCGGCUUCGGCCUGCGCCCGGGCACGGAGGGCGCGCUCGAGGCGUCGGUGACCGACGAGCCCUUCUCGCAGGUCAUUGCGCAGUUCACCAAGGACGUGAACCAGAUCCUGCAGCAGUACGUCGAGUUUAUGGACGUCGGUAAGCUGCGUGCGGGUCUCAACACCAUGAUGGCGCUGUCCGCACGCGGCAAUUUGCUCCUCUCCGACGCGGGCCUGGACAAUGCGCUCUUCUCCGAGCACCGCGCCAAGUGCGACGCGGUGAUCCUCCUUGCGACGAACCUUAUCUGGACGCUCACCGCGCUCGUGCAUCCGUUCAUGCCCGAGACGUCCGACCAGAUGCUCGUGCAGCUCAACGCGCCGCCCCGCGCGAUUCCCAAGCACGGCUUUGCGCUCGAUCUCCUGCCCGGCCACGGCGUCGGCAAGGCGGCGCACCUCUUCAAGAACAUUGACGAGAAGCAGGCCGACGUGUGGCGCGCGCAGUUCGGCGGCGACGCCUCGGCCGCCGAGGAAAAGCCGGCUAUGUCGAAAAAGGCCGCGGCCAAGGCGCGCAAGGCGCUCGAAAAGCAAAAGCAGAGCAUGGAGCGCACGCCGGAAAUGGCCGCGCUCGAGGAAAAGGUCAAGGAGCAGGGCGAGGCGGUGCGUGCCGCCAAGGCAAACACCGACACGCCGCAGGAGGACCUCGAUCGUCAGGUGCAGCAGCUGCUCCAGCUCAAGCAGCAGCUCGAGGAAGAGACGGACAAGGCACUGGCCCAGCAGGCCCAAAAGGCGUUGUAG